CCAUCCUGAACACCCCCAACCCUGAUCGGCGUCUCAGCUUUCCAAAUACCCACCACGCAGCACGCCUUGGUGUAACCCUGGCAUUGUUGUCCAUCGUCGACCACCUCUCACCUCCCCUUCAUCCCCGGACCACUGGACUCACGACGGGAGAGAUAGAGACAGCGACCAGGAGACAUGGCGUGCAGCUUCAUCUCCUACCAGCCCGGCGGCGACAGCAAGAAGCAGUCGCCGAGGGCCCUGCAUCAAGACCCCGUCCAACUGGCCUCCACCACCGCGCAUCAACCCCGGCACUCGCCGACAAAUUCAAACAACAUCCCCAACUCAUUCGUCUUCGUCGACCCCGCCUCCGCCGGAUCCAAGGGAACCGCCGUGGACGCGCGGAGAAGUAUUCGUCGCCACGCGUCCAAGGCAUGUGCGGCGCAACGCCUGGCCACCCUGGCUGCGCGGCGGAAACACCGCGACGUGCCUACCAAACGCGAACGGCAGAAGCAGGCCGCUGAGGAACGACUGCAGGCUGCUUUGCGAGUGCACGCGGCCAAGUUGGCGGAGGCCGAGGCGGACGAGGUGGUUGUGCGCGGCGGCCCCUCGGAUCCCAACUGGAGCUAUGUCGCGACCGCCGAGGAUUCCAGCACAUCGGAUGACUGGAGUCGGCGAACAUCCAGCUCUUCUUCCCUCGCUACUGUGCCAAGCGGCUCUCAGCUGCAGCACUCCCCGCCAGACCUCCAUCAAUCCACAACUCCCCUUUCCAUCGCCUCCCAAGAAGUCUUCUCCACCCGGAUCGACCCCUUCUCCACCACACUCGUCGACAUCGAGCAUGAUGGCUCCCUCGGCCCGCUCUUUGGCCUCCUCGACACCUCCGUCUUCCCCCUCAUGGACCUCCGCCUCCCUCUCAAACACGACCGCCUGUACGGCACCCGCUUCGCCCACUCCCGUGAACUCCCCCACUGGGUCUCCCGCAGCGAACCUCUCUUCUGGACCAUGGCCUUCUGCGCCGCCACCAUCCGCACCCUGCACAAUCGCCAACGCCCCGGCGCCGAGCCGAUUACAAUGGGCUACCGCUACAUGGCGAUCCGCAGCGUGAACGCGCGCAUCGCCGCGCUCGGCGAGGACAGCGUGUACGACGCCGCGCUCAUCUACGCCAUCGCCUCGCUCGGCGUCUGGGAGCGCGAAAAGGGCAGCAAGGAGGCGUGGCACUCGCACAUGCAGGGCAUGAAGAUGAUCAUGCACAAGCUGCAGCAGGAGUCGCAGAGCGCGAUGCUCGAAAUCAUCGUCAACGUGUGCCAGGAGCCUGGGUCCGUGCCCAUUGAAUACCACCACUCCGAAGGGUACCGACGGAUAGGCGACAACGGCGCCCUCGACCAUCGUCUACUAUCCCCCAUCUACGACUGUGGCCGCAUAGACACCAUGCCCCCGGGUCCAGAGAGACAAACUCUGAACCAAAGAACCGCCACGACCAUUCUCUCCUACCGCCCCGCCGACCUCGUCCCCAGAACCCUCUGCGGUAAAGACCGCAACCUCGACGGCGACCGCCGAUACCUGGAAAUGCACGUCCUGCUGCAAGCAGCCGCCGCGUCCCUCAUCCACUGCAUCACCCAACACCUCGACAGCGAGCACGUCGCCCUCCCCACCAGCCCGAGCGUCGACGAAAUCGACUUCCCCGAAAUGUGCCGCGAGAUGGUCGCGCUGGGCCGCAACGUGUGCACGGAUCCCACGUACGACGAUUCCCUGUUUUGGGCUUUGUUUACCAUUUUCGCGCUCAAUGAGUAUGAUACGCUCGAAGGGGCGGAGUUGCUUGCGACGUGUGCGAGGAAUUUGGGGGUCGUGGGGUGGGAGGGGGUGCAGGCUUCGCUGCGGAGGACGGUGUAUUUGGAGACUGUGGAUGGGGUGUAUCGCCGGUUCUUCUGGCGCGUGUUGAGGCCGAAAUUGGGCCUCGUGCAGGGUGGGGGUGGUUGAUACAUUGGCGAGACCAGAUACACUGUGUACAGGCACGUUUAUCUACAGUUCCCAACAAGCCUCCAUCCAACGACCCCCCCCCCCCCCCCCCCCCCCCCCCCCCCCCCCCCCCCCCCCCCCCCCCC